GUUUAAUCUGUUCAUGGACAGUAGUUUGCAUGAUUUGAGAAAUGAUGAAUGUGGGCUGAGAAUGAGUGGGUUACCCGUCAAAUGUCUUCUUUACGCUGAUGACCUGGUAUUGCUAGCGUCAUCAGGUGAAGAGUUGCAGGAGAUGGUAACUAGAAUGCAUGGAUCUUUUGAAAGGAAAGAAAUAAAAAUAAAUGUAAGUAAGACGAAAGUUAUGGUAUUUGAAAAGGAGGAAUAUAUGACAAACUGUGAAAUUUUGAUUGGUCAAGAAAGAGUAGAACAAGUGAAAGAGUUUGUGUAUUUGGGAACAUUAUUCACUAGGGACGGUAAGCAUGAUAAAGAUAUUGAAAGAAGAGUGAGUGCUGGAAAUCGCGUGAAUGGGGCACUUAACGCUUUUAUGAGUAGCCAGAAGGUGUCGCAAAAGGCACGGUUGGCUGUGCAUAGAGGGGUGCUGGUGCCUACACUUAUGUAUGGUAGCGAAAGUUGGGUAUGGCAGAAGAGGCAUCAGAGCCAAGUGAAUGCAGUGGAAAUGAGAGCGUUGAAAAGUGUGUGUGGUGUGAGAUUACAAGAUAGAAUUAGGAACAGUGUGAUAAGGGAAAAGUGUGGACUGAGCGAAGAUGUAGUGACAAAAAUUGAGAAAGGCUAACAAAGAGAGUGUAUAAGGGAGAGGUAGAAACGGGAGUUGGAAGGGGCAGACCUCGGCGGACUUUCUCUGAUCAGAUCGGGGAAAUCCUGAAGAAAGGCUAGGUCAAGAGCACCCUAAACCGGCGAGCGUGUAUGAGGAAUGUUAUGAAAGUGAAGGAAGCGAAAGAGGUAUGUCAGGAUCGUAGCAAGUGGAAAUCCAUGGUCUCUGCCUACCCCUCCGGGAAAUAGGCGUGAUUGUAUGUAUGUAUGUAUGUAUGUAAAAUAA